UCCAUCUUGUCAUUAGUCCCCCUCCCCCAUCGAGCUACAAGGCAAACAGGGGGGGAAAAAAGGACAAUCCGCUGCCAUCCUCUUCCCGGCAGGCUUUCCCCAUCCCGAAAACCCGCUCAUCGGAACCCCCUCACCCGGCGCGUCGAGCCCAGAUCGUACUCAAUGAGCUUCCCCCGCAAUGUCAGAGCGGCCGGGGCAGACUGCAAAAGGGAAGGAUGGCAAGAAGUACUCGUCUCUCAACCUGUUUGAUACAUACAAGGGCAAGUCCUUAGAGGUGCAGAAACCAGCAGUCACAACCCGCCAUGGCCUGCAAAGUCUCGGUAAAGUUGCUAUUGCCAGGCGCAUGCCCCCCCCAGCCAACCUACCAAGCCUGAAAGCGGAAAACAAAGGGAAUGAUCCAAACGUCUCACUAGUUCCCAAAGACGGAUCAGGAUGGGCAAGCAAGCAGGAAACACCAGAGCCAAAGAGUACCGAUGUCUCUCCAGCAGCGCAGCCGGAGUCGCAGCCACCGCUGGCUUCACAGACGCCUGCAUCAAACCAGCCGAAGCGCCCCCCAGUUCCACAAGAGCCCCCCCAACCAGCCGUCGUCGUGGUAAAGACCUGGGCACAGGCCAGUACCACACAUGGAGCACAAGGAGAUGGUGGAAAGGUAUCAAGCCGACCGUCGCCAUUCUCUCGAGAGGAAUUUCCAACCCUGCAGGCGGCUGGGGACCAGGACAAAAGUGGGCACGACCAGAGCACCUCCGCUGUGUCGUAUGGGCCCGGACCAAGCCUCCGCCCCCAGAAUGUAACCAGCUGGAGGGACGGGGGUGGGAGGGGGGGGCUUGGUCCAGGCUCCCUGGAUGGUGAGAGCCGUGAGCCUCCCUCUGAUGCGGCACACACCCCCAGCAGUGAGCCAGCCCUCCGGCCAGGGCUGCCUCCCCCUGCGCCCCAACAGUUCCCUCCAUAUCGGGGGAUGCUUGCACCAUUUAUGUAUCCCCCGUACUUGCCGUUCCCCCCUCCAUAUGGGCCACAAGGAGCCUUUCGUUUUCAUGGCACAGAAGCUCCCAGGUUCCCACGCCUGGCUCCUCCACGUGCCUCCCAAAGUGCUCCUAGGAUGCCUGAGCCUGUGAGUCGCCCAUCUAUCCUGAAGCAAGAUGAUCUUAAAGAAUUUGAUGAACUAGAUCAAGAGGCAGAUGAUGGAUGGGCAGGAGCUCAUGAAGAGGUGGAUUACACUGAAAAACUGAAGUUCAGUGAUGACGAGGACGGGAAAGACACAGACAAUGAAGAUAAAAGGGAGAAUGAGAAUCCUAGCGCUGAAAAGACGCCUCUUCCUCAGAAUGCUACUGAGACCACUGAUUCUAGGAAGGUCUCCCCUACAGAAGAGAAGCCCCCUCAAGUCAAGGUGGCAUGGCAAGAGGGAGCUCGCACUUCAGAACCGCAGGAGGCACCUGCUGCCAGUGUUGCAACUUCUCAGAGGGGACAGACUGCACAUCGGGGACCCACACCUGAAAACAAGGAAAAACCGGUGGCCCCUUUAGCAGUUGCACCCAUGGAAGAUGAGGAUGAGGCAUGGCGUCAGCGCAGAAAACAGUCGUCCUCUGAAAUCUCCCAAGCUGUGGAGCGUGCCCGGAGAAGAAGAGAAGAGGAGGAACGCAGGAUGGAAGAGGAGAGAAGAGCCGCAUGCGCGGAGAAGCUCAAGCGUCUGGAUAUGAAGCGCCGGCCUGCUCCAGAAGAGGCAGAGCAGCCUGCAGCCAGGAGUGGGACUGACGAGGGGCCAGAUCCUUCAGCCCAUUCUCCUGUGGUGGAACCAGCUCCACCUGUUGAAGCUCCCCCACCGCCUGCUGUAGCUCCCCCUCCAGCUCCUCCUGAAGUUCCUCAAGUUAAAGGGGAACCAAGCCCACCUCCCAGACAAGAGCCCAAACAAGAGCCGGUGCCAGCUGUGAGCCGGCCACCUGCUACAGGCCCCUCUCAGGGAGGAUAUAGCAAGUUUCAGAAAAGUCUGCCACCCCGUUUCCAGCGUCAGCAGCAGGAGCAGUUAAUGAAACAGUGGCAACAGAACAGAACGCCCACUCCUCCUUCCCCGGGUGGACCACCUCCUUCACAGGCUCUUGCAGCACCUACAGCUCAGCCACCUCAAAAGGCGCUCUAUGGAGGAGCAUCAAUGGGACGGACAACACCUGUCCCUACACCACAACCACCGCCUGCUGCCCUGCCAUCACCUCAUGUUAGCUAUGAUCCUCGUUGGGUGAUGGUGCCACCUUUUAUAGAUCCACGAAUCAUGCAAGGGAGGCCUUUGGAUUAUUACCCACCCACUGCAGGUGUUCACCCUACAGGACUGAUGUCUCGAGAGCGAUCAGAUAGUGGUGGAUCAGGGUCUGAUGGAUAUGAGCGGCAUGCACCGCUGAUGAGAGAACGAGGGACUCCUCCAGCCGACCCCAAAUUAAUGUGGGCUGGUGAGAUGUACAAUCCUCCUGAUGCCCGGCCCAUGGCAUCCCCUAUGAGACAGAAUACAGAAGAGGAGGACCGGGAUCUGAGAAGUGACACACCGCCCGUUCGUCCACUUGCUCCCCAGCAGACUCAGCCUUACUUGGGCAAUUUUACGACGUAUCAAGAAAAUGCUGUUGGGCACCGAUAUCCAGUAGAUGAGCAGCGUUCUUGGCACCAGCAGCGGAACCACACAGCCUCCCAGCAGCCGCAGCCUACUCCAUCCAUGGAGCCAAGAUGUUCAGAACCUGCCCCGGUUCAACCGACUCUGGCUGCUGCUCCUUCCACACAGCCUCGUCGAGCAGAUGACGAACCAGUCAUACUCCGGAGAGAAGCUUCUGUUCCUCCUCCAAAUCCUCCUUCCCAGCCAGAUGCUGCUUCCAAACCGGAAAUCAAUAGUGGACGCCACAAGGAGGACAGGAAAGAAAUGACCAAAGAGGAGAUGAAGCCUGAAAGACAAAGCAGCAAGAAUGAGUAUCACAGACCGCCUCGUCGCGAGUCCAAGACUGAGACGCGCUGGGGUCCUAGGCCUGGAGGAGGAGGAGGCCGGAGACAGGAGGAAACUCCAGUUACAGGUGGCGCUUCCUCUCAGGCAUCUGGCCACAGACGUGCGGGUCCUAUCAAGCGGACUGUAAGAAAAGAGGAGUCUGGAUCCAGAGAGCAGCAGGAUAGUAAGACAGUAAGUCAGACCGCGCUAACGGCACCAGAGCCGCCAAAGUCAAGACAGACAAAUCAUUCUAAUAGAGAGGGGGAGCAACCAGCUGGAUCUCCUUCACACAGAAGAAAAGAAACUGUCAUUGGCAAUGCUCGAGGUUCCCCCGCACUUGUCUCUUCAUCUCGUGGCCGCGGCAGAGGAGAGUACUUUGCCAGAGGACGAGGCUUUCGUGGGGCAUACCGUGGACGUGGUGGCAGAGGCAGGAGUCGUGAGUUUCGUGGUGGAUACAGGAGAGAGGGCCUUUUCUACAGAGAGGAUGGCGAUUCUUUGGGCAAGCCAGCGUUAAGUGCUGGUGAACGAGAACGUAAUGCCAGCGAGACAAGAAGCGAGGGGUCAGAGUACGAAGAAGUUCCCAAAAGACGGCGGCAACGUGGUUCCGAAACUGGGAGCGAAACGGAGCCACUCAAUUCUGAAAAAGAGGCUGGAAAGAAUGGAUUUCCCUUGCAGCAAACACACACUGAAUCUGUUACUAUUAAUCCUCGACAACAAGACAAGGGUCGGGACCCUGGUAGAGGGGGUCGUACCUUCACACCCAGGGGCGUCCCUUCUAGAAGGGGAAGGGGAGGAUCAUCGAGCGUCCCGGUGAACUGGAGCCCACUCCCCAGGCAACAACCAAGUGCAACCCAAGGUCCAUCUGCACAGCCACCAACUCAGCCGAACAAACCUGAGAGGAGAAACGAAAGGGUGGUCAUGCCAAUGAGUCCACCAGCACUCAACGACGAAAGAGUUCCUCCUCCACCCAGGAGAAGGAGGCAUGGACGAUCGCAGCAGCAGGACAAGCCUCCCCGCUUCCGAAGACUGAAGCAGGAGAGAGAGAAUGCUGCCCGAGCGGGGAACGGGCCUGGCCCGCUGCCACCACAGCAGCAGGUGACUGUAAUGCAGGAGCAGCACCAUCGUCCAGCUCAGCCAGAGGAGGAGCGCCAUGGACCCAGACGAGGACACAAGUCACCAGAGCCUUGCAAUGCCAACUCUGACCAGGCAAAUGAGGAAUGGGAGACUGCAUCAGAAAGCAGCGACUUCACUGAGAAAAAAGAAAAGGGUGACAUUCCUGUCCAGAAUGGGGGGUUAGUAGUUGGCCCUGCUUCUUCUGCGGGAGUCAGAGACCAAAGAAAAGACCUGUCAAAGAGAAGCUUCUCCAGCCAAAGGCCAGUCAUGGAGAGACAGAACCGUCGACCUAUGCAUCCUGGUGGACAGAGAUCUGGGCGAGGUGGAGGUGGCGGUGGCAAGUCUGGAGAGAAAAGAAGCUGGCCCUCGCCCAGAAAUCGAGGUAGUAGAACGAAUGACGACCGCCCUCCUACAUCUGUACAUCUUCCUCAUCCACCUCCCAACACAAGCGCAGUCUAUCGGGUGGACCGGGUGAUUCACAGUAAUCCUGCGGGCAUACAACAGGCACUCAGCGAACUAGGGCAAAGACAUGGCAAAGUGAUAGCCGUCAAACAAAGCUUGGAACUUCCUAGUGGGCGCUGUGAGCCAAGGGCAGAUUCUCUCCAUGACAGCUGUGCUGACUCAGUUAGUGAAAGCUUUGCGGUUCCAGUUCAAAAGCGAAAUAUGCGGCCUCGACGAGCUCGAGAGAUUUCACAAGAGAAUGUUCCUCAUGAAGGAAUGUCUGUUUCUGCAAAGGCAUGGGCACAGCGCUUCUCUCAAGGUCAUCACCUGGAGUCCCUCGGGUCAGGUCUCUGGAACAGAGGACAGAGCAAUGACCGGGGAAGGUUUUGCUCUUCUUAUCCCAUGAAUUCCUGGAUGGACCCUCUGAAUUCUUAUGAGGACACCAUUAAUACUGAGAUGAGUCAGUCGGAUAGCGGGGUGGAUCUGAGCAGCGAUUCCCAGCUCUCCUCCAGCAGUUGUAGUCAGCGUAGCUCCCCUGAUGGAGGUAUGAAGCCUGAAGGAGGCAAGAGAACGGGAAGGCCGGGGGCCAAAGGUCAACCACAGCGUGGACGCAAUCCGUUAGUGGGACUUCCUCCUGAUCCAAUAGGAAUGGAGCGGGCCCAGAAGUCCUCAUCCGAAUGUCCAGGUGUGGCCAGCAACCCUGCUCGCCUUUUAUCGCCUCCUCCAUCCUCAAGUGCUAAGGAGGCCUGCGUUUCCUCUGGCACCAAGCAGGGUGGCAGAGAUGCACAAGGCACUGUAAGCCAGCCAUCUUGCAUGACAGGCUCCUCCGCACAGUCCUGGGAGAUUUCUCCCAAUUCGGAUGCUGUUGAAGCACAGAUGGACCCUCGACAGCUCACUUUAUCAUCGACCCACCCAGGGGGGACCAGAUCACAACAUUCAGAUGAGCGAGGUCAGAGGGUGUAUCCAAACCAGUACUAUCGGGUGGAUGUCCAUGUCACAGGCACGGGCAGUGGGUACAGACCUGGAACCCCCUCUCUGCAGCCCUACAGAUCCCAGCCUCUGUACCUGCAUCCUGCUCAGUCACCAGGUGGAGCGCCUGCCCUGAUGCCGACAUCUGCACUUCUCUCCGGCAUUGCCCUGAAAGGCCAGUAUCUAGAGUUCAGUGACUUGAGCAAAAUGCCUGCAGGCAGCUUGUUAUACCAGGCUCCAGCCUUCCUCUACAGCGGCCAUUACUGCCCAGCACAAGUCAGCACUGACCAGCAGCUGUUGCAGGUCAGACAGGACAUGGCGUCUGCAUCUGAUUACUACUCUGCUUCUCUUCAUCAUGCUGGACAGAGCGGGUACCUCACUGCAGCUCCCACCCAGCAGGUUCUCUUUCCAAUGGUGGAUAGCCAGCUCCCAGUAAUGGGGUUUGGAUCUCUGUCAUCUGCAGCUCAGCCUCCACUUGUCCCUGUAGGUCAAGCACUGCAGCCGCUUCAUCAGCUCUCUGCCACGGGCCGUACACAUGCACACAAUGUCAGACAUGAGUAUCCCACACAUUCAACUGACGUGAAGCCACCUGAAGAUCAGAGGAGGAAUGGAGCAGGAGCGUCUGUCCCAAUGUCAGGAGGGAGGCUAAAACCUUCGAGUUAUGAAGCUGCCCGAAUCCAGCGCCUUGAGGUUUAUCAGCAGAGGGUGAAUGCUGACUCUUCACACUGGACUACAAGCUCCUGGGACAGACCACAGACUCGAGAUGGUGACCACAGACACAGUGAGGGGCGCACAGCAUCUCGGACCCCCUGAUUCCUUUCUAUUUAUGAACACAGCCCAGUAUAUGAAAAUUACAGUAUAUGUCCCUGUCCCUAAGUAACGAGGCGGCAACUGAGCAGCUAACAAUUGUUGGCGAAUUAAGGAUUCCUAUAUCCGAUUAUUCCUCGUCUAUGUUACAAAACAAUUAUGUCCCUCUUCUUUUUUUUUUUGCCCCAAAACCUCAAGCAACUUAUUUCGUUUUGCCCUUUUUUCUGAAAAAUAAAGAGUAUUUUCUCCCAUGAUGUGGUGAUGG